AUGCCCCAAGCCCGCCCUCCCAAACGGCCCAGCGACGACGGCGAUGGGCCAGCCGAUGCUGUCUCGGCGCCCAAGGUGAAACUGGCGCGUCUCGAGCGUGGGCCAGAAGAGUUUUCCAAUGUUGUAAAGAGCAAGCUGCAGUCGUACACACGCACUGGGCAAGCGUGCGAUCGGUGCAAGGUUCGCAAAAUCCGUUGCGACGCCCUCGCCGAAGGCUGCUCGCACUGCACCACUCAAAACCUCGAAUGUUAUGUCACGGACCGCGUCACCGGCCGCACCGAGCGGAGAGGCUAUCUGCAACAACUCGAGCGCGAGAAGGGUGCCAUGCUCCUUCACAUCCGCGGCCUCGAAAAACUGCUAGAGAACAACGGUGUCGAAGUAAGGCCGUGGCAGUUCCCCGGGUAUACGACCACGUACCCGCCAGAUAUCCCCUGCGACCACCUUGGCGUUCCCGACCCGUCUUUCAAAAACCAAUGGCAACAGGUCGGCUUGGUAUGGGUGAAGAACAACCCCCAAAAGGCACCAUCCAACGGCAGCAGUACCCACACGCCAUGGUCGAUGCUCGCGUCUAGGCCGAAAGACAGCUAUUUGGGAGUGUCCUCGGACAGCGCGCCUCUUAGCUCCAUCAAGGGGACGACUCUGUCCAUCCUCGGGACCACCAUCGACCUCACUUGCUUUGAUGCCCCGGACAUUGAUGAGCCUCCUCCUGGAACCCCGAUCGGCUCGCCGCUCUACAACAAGUCCGUUAUGGCCCUGCUCCAAUCAUGCCUCAACAUCAAUCCCCCGCAGCCCAAUGUCGAACUGCCCUCCAGAAAUGAUGCGUUUACAUAUGCCGAGUGGUAUUUCCUCAUGGUCUGGCCAUUCCUUCCAAUCCUACACAAACCGUCCUUCCUUCGACUUUUGACAAGCAUUUACGACGACCCGACCUUCAAGCCGACGGUACCGGAGCUGGUCGUUGUGCACAUGGUUUUCGCCACCAUCUACUUCCAGUACGGCGUUAGAAACCAAGAGGAGCCCGAGAAGCACGCCCAACUCAACGAACUGUCCAACAAGCAUUAUCAUUGGAGCUUGAACAAAUUCUUUGACCUCGCCACCUCUCAGGCGGUGACGGCUGUCCAGGCCCUGGCCAUGAUUGUGGCGCAUACUCGAAACUUUCCUAAACCCGAGUGCUCCUUGACCGUCGCCAGCUACGCGUUUGGCAAAGCGAUCGAGAUGAACCUUCACAGAGCUGUCAAGAUACCGGGUGGUGGGACAACGAUAGACAACGAAGUGCGCAAGAGAGUCUGGUGGACCAUCGUCGCCAUCCUGUGCACCUUGAAUGGCCGGCUUGGCCGCCCGAUGCCCAUAUCAGUAGAGGAGUUUGACGUCGACUUUCCUCUCGCGAUCAACGACGAGUACAUUGGAGAGGAAGGGAUAUUGGACCCUUCCAAGAUCGGCCAUUGCAACUACAGUGUUGGCCUGGCAGGUUUCAAAGUCACGCCUCUCUACAUCGAGAUGUAUUCCAAGAUCUAUAGCGUGCGGCGCGACCCAAGCAAGUACAUUCAGGUGGUCAACCAACUCGAGGAAGCGCUGCACAAUAUUGUGGACGAGCUCCCCGACGAGCUGAAACUGGAUAAGUGCCAGCCCGCGAGCCAAAUAUUCGCGCUGUACACUCAAGCAUUCUGUCUCGAAUUCACCCUCUGUCUCAGGCACCCCUCCGUUUGUCUGGCUGAUGAGGCCAAAAUUUGCACCGAAAACACUAGGAUCUGCGAGGAAACGGCUCGGCAGCUUCUCAAAGUGGUCGGGUCACUGUUCAAGUUGAAGUCAUUGGACACAACAUGGUAUCAGCAAGCGGUUUACGUGGGCGCCAUUUUCUCGACACUUGUGGCACACUGGCAACGGCGCCACGAAACGACGGCGUUUGAGGUUGCCGCUCUUCGUGAAGACAUGUCCCUGUGGUUGAACAUUAUUGGAGAAAUAGGACGGCUCCUAGGUACCGGUAAUCGUCUCGCAACCGAAAUAGGCGCCAUCAUCGAGCGGACGAUCAACUGGAUCGAGCAAGACAUGGGUCGUAAGCCCGGGUCACCAGCCGCCCAGACUCCCAUCAAGCAGCAAUCUCCGUCAUAUCAACAAGGCGCGAAGUCGAAACAAACACACAACGCACUGGUGCCCGGCGGUGCCGCGACCACCAACUCUGAGCAAUGUAACAACAGUGGCACUACGAACGGAAACUAUUACGACUCCAGCGUGGCUACCCCCGCCACCACUUACCCGCCUCUCAGCUACGGCGAUCAGGCCGCUGGCGGGGUUGCGGUUAGCCAGAGCAGUAACGGAGCAGUCGGCUCGACCGACGGGGCUCAGUAUCUCUACGCAGCAGCGUCCGCAGCGGCGGCAGCAACGGCAUCGAGUGCGACGGCGGCGAUGGAGCAAGCAGCAGCGGCACAAAACCCUUUGAUUGCCUUCGCCUCACAGGCGACGCAGCAUGUUGCCGGGCAGGCGGCAGAUAACUGGCCCACGCAGGCCCCGAUGAUGACACACAAUGCAGCUCCGACGAACACAUGGCAAGACUGGACAAAUGCCAUCCAAGACACCCAAGACCGGUAUAGCGCCAACGCCCUUCUCACGCUCAACUCUGGACGGCCGGGUGAGGUUGGCGCCGGCGGGGUCGUUGACCACGUCAACCAAGGCGAUGCAAUGGCAAGCGGACAUACAGGACAGUGGCCACUCCUACUAUUCCAUGAUGGCUCUGGUGUGAGCGGUCCAUGA